AUGAGACACUGCUUGAUGUCAGCCAGGCCAAUGGAUCUCAGGGCACAGCAGACAUCAGCCUGCCCGUCUACUGCCUCCAAAGAUGCCACUCCUUAUUGCAGCACAGACGAUGUAUAUUUGAUGAAUGCACAAGAUCGCCUGCUUGCUGCUGGGACAAUGAUUGCUGCAGAAGCACGCAAGGCCCUGAAGAACGAGGCGGGAUUCAGAUGCUCUGCAGGCAUUGCAUCCAACCGGCUUCUUGCCAAACUUGCUAGCGGGCUGCACAAACCGGAUGAUCAAACCAUCAUUCUUCCUUCACAGGCAUCGGCGUUUGUUGGUCCACUGGCAGUCCGUGCAAUUCCCGGUGUGGGGCACAAGCUGGAGGCGCAGCUGACUGAGAUGGGGAUGAGAGUGGUGGAAGAUCUGCGAAAGAUGAACGAGACAGAUCUCAUCAGGUGCUUUGGGGAUCGCACUGGUGCGUUUCUGCACAAGGCAUGCUGGGGAUGCGAUCCCACACCAGUCCAGGAGCGUGGACCGCCAAAGUCGAUAACAGUCGAGGAGUCCUUCAAGUCGUGCACGACUCUUGCUGCGGCGCCCCAUGUGGGCAAGUCGAUGGAGGAGAAUCAGGGCUGGCCAGUGGAGGUUCCUGUCGAAGCCUUUGUGGGGCAGGCGGGUUUACUGGGGCUGCCAGCAGUGGCCGAUCAGCAGACAGCCAACCAGCACAGCAGGAGGGACUAUGGCGGUGUGCCGCGGGCUGGCAUCCUUAGCAAGCGACUGGAGAGAGAGGUCAGGGAGCACGAUCGGUUGCCAGAAGAGGCUGCAGUCACAGACAUUCACAAUGGCGACACUGGGGCAGCUGAUGCAAAGAAGGCAAAAUUGGGGGCAGUGAAGGUGGACACAGGUGUGGAGGGUUGGCCCUUGGGCAGUCCUAGAGAUGAUGCACACUGCCAGCAGGCAUCCGCUGGCUGGGCAGAACUUGUCCUAAAGCAGGCUGGGUCGUUGAGGUGCCAGCAUGACCUUAUAACAAACCUGGAAGAUGACGGUGCCUCCAUGCAAGCUCCAACAUCCACGCAUGACUGCAGCCUGAGGACCUGGGCAUCCUCCCCAGCUGUGGAUGGUACGAAUGAGGUUGCCACCGCCAAUGAUCAGGACGCAAGAAACAGGGUGGGCAGCAGAAAUGACUCAGGGAGCACAAGUAGGUUGGGGGCCCCGGCGUCCACAUCAGACAACUGCCCACCUGCCUGGGGCAUUGACUGCAGCAGUGGCCUGGCACAUGGCCUGGACCCCAGCAGGUCGCACAAUGGGGUCCUGCAGCCUGUUUCGAUCAGCUGCGGGCCAGCAUCUAGGCAGCAGUCGCUCCUAGACAGUCUUAACAGCAGGGCCACAAGUUUCUCCAAGGAAACUGAGAGGCCCCAACAUCCGAGACCAGGCUCAUCGGGGUUCGCCCACCAUGAAGUCUUGACGCUCAAAAGGAUGGCUGCAAAUGGUGAGCUGAGUCAGGGCUGUGGAGGCAGGGGAGGCAGGUGUCAAGAGGCAAGGACUGACUACGAGAUGGCUGUAAAACUGCAGAGGGAGGAGCUUGGCAUUGGCAGGCACAUGGAUUCAAAAAUAUCGAACUCAAAUGGCAGUAAGCAGUCCUCUAGAGGCUUGACAAAGUCCGGUAAGGGGCCAAUGGAUUCCUUUUUGAUCCGGAGGUAG